AUGGUGGUGCCAGAGCUGAUGAUGGUGGCCGUUGAGCAGGCAGUGCACUCGGUGGAGACAGUGGAGGAGACGAGCACGGGAGCCGGGCUGGAUGUGGAUGUUUCCGCGACAGUUGAGCUGGCUGGGGUGGUUGGUGUGGUGGAAGUGGUGGCCAGCGCUGUUGGAGUGGUGCUGGUCGAUGUGGUUGGGGUUGCUGAUGUGGCUGGAGUGGUGGAGGUUGUGGAAGUGGAGGUGGAUGAUGUGGUUGGUGCAGUGGAGGUGGAUGAGGUGGUUGGUGUAGUUGAGCUACUGCUGGUGGUCACAGUUGACGUUUCUGGUGGAGCAGUCGAGCUUUCUGUGGUUGUCUCUGCCGGGGUGGACGAGGUGGACGAGGUGGUUGCAACUUCGGUGGACGAAGUGGUGGACUCUGGCGUGGAGACUGUUGACUCCGUGGAGGAGGUAGACCCGGUAGACUCGGUAGACUCUGUGGACACUGUGCUUGUGGCAAUGGUGGACACAGAGGUGGUGAACCCAGAACUGCAGGGAACAGUCACCACGGUUGUGCUUUCCUCGGUGGUGGAGACAGUGAGAAUUGUAGGAGGAGGUGUGCUGGUGGAGGAGGAUAUGGAGGAGGUAGUGCUAGACGUGCUGCUACUGCUGCUCGUCUCGCUCGUCUCUGUGCACACGGUGCAGGUUGUCUCUGUGGUUGUGUCAAAAGUGGACACCUCGAAGGAGCACACGUAG